AUGGAAAAAUUCGCUUGGUUACUUAUUUUCGGCGCCGGAGCUGCUCAGUCCUUGAAUUCAGCCAUGCGCCUUUUUGUCCGUGAUCCUUCGUGUUUCUCCCACCUGUUUCAUGCUGACAACCUAGAUGAUUUAAAGUCGAAAGUCUUUACUAAAUUGGGUAUUCCUGAAUCAAAUCAAUGCCUUUACUACUGUGGACGCGAGCUCAAACAUGAAGAUCCUGUCUGCGAUUGGCUCCAGGAUUACGCUUCUCUUGAUCUAAACGUCGAACUCCUCGGUGGCGGCAAAAAAAGGAAGAAGAAGGCCUACACAACACCAAAAAAGAUUAAGCAUAAGAGAAGGAAGAUCAAGAUGGCAACCCUCAAAUUUUACAAGGUCGAGAGCAACGGAAAAGUCGUUCGACUUCGUAAGGAGUGUCCUAACAAGAGCUGCGGCAGUGGUGUUUUCAUGGCUAGUCAUUUUGAUAGAAUGUACUGCGGCAAAUGUUCCUUAACUUUUAUGAUUAAUAAGUGA